AUGGAAGUGAAAUCGGGAAGAAGGAAAAUUCCGGCGCACUGUGAUCUCUACGGAGCAAUGUUCCCGAUAUAUUAUCUCGGCAAACUGUGCGGUUUGAUUCCAGUCAGAUUCGUGGUGAACAGUUCCGGAGGAUGUCAGGCUCGUUCGAGUAUCUUAGACCUCGCCUACAGUUUAUCUGUGCUAAUAUUGCUUCUCGGUACGGAAAUUUGGGGAUUGUGGCGAGACCUGAAAGACGGCUGGGAGCAUAGCACCAGACUGAAAUCUCGAACAGCAGUGAUAGCAACGUGUAGCGACGUUCUUGGUGUAAUGGGUCUAACCGUAGUCUGCAUCGUCGGCUCUCCUUUCCGCUGGAAAUACCUGCAAAUCGUCGUAAAUAAAUUAAUCGAGGUGGAUGAGAAGAUCGGUCUACCGAUCACAAAGAAGAGUCGGAGAUUCACGAUUGUCCUGAUAGCGUGUAGCCUCGUCUACCUAUGGUCCGCUUCGAUUCUCGACUUUUACACGUGGAGACGGAAGACGAAAGUUCACGAAACAAUGCCGGACAAAGGUCCUAUCAAUUACACACCCCUGUACUUGAUGUACACCGUGAUCAUCUCGACCGAACUCCAAUAUACAAUUGCGACGUACAACAUAGGACAACGAUUCGUGUGUUUAAACAACAGUCUGAGAAAUCUGUUCAACAGCGGUAACGACGAUCACAACGACAACAAUAACGAGAACAACAACAGCAACAUUACAAUGAUCAGUUAUUUUCGAAAAUGUGCUGAAACAGCUGAUGACAUUCGCGACAAGAAAAGAUGGAACAUCGCAACGCAAAAACGGCUCGUAUUCGACAACAGCCACGGAGUCCCACGAAAAUUCGAUGAAAGUAAAACGUACGUAAACAGUAUAUCCGAAUUGAUAAUGAUUCAUUCUUCGCUCUGCGACACAGUCUCCCUUAUAAACAGCACAUUCGGUAUGGUGAUAUUGGCCGUCACUGUAACCUGUCUGCUACAUUUGGUGAUCACACCGUAUUUCUUGAUCCUGCAAGCUGGCGAAAAACACGAAUGGAUAUAUCUGCUCGUUCAGGGCGGAUGGUGUAUCUUCCAUAUCACCAGAAUGCUGAUAAUCGUUCAACCCAGUUACUUCACCGUCGCGGAGGUAAAACAAACGGCGAUUCUCGUUAGUCAGUUACUCUCGCGUAGCUUCGAAGCAAACGCCCGACGAGAAUUGGAGAUAUUUUCACUUCAAUUGUUGCAUCGACCUCUCGAGUUUACAGCCUGCGGCCUCUUCCCUUUGGAUAGAACUUUAAUAACGUCGAUCGCGGGAGCUGUGACGACAUAUCUCGUGAUACUGAUACAGUUUCAAAACGCGGACGACACGAAAGGCGACUUUGACAUAAUAAAAAACGCAUCGCAGAUCCUGAAGAACGUUUCGCCGCUUCAGAAUCUCACUGGAUUAAAAAUCACCGCGUGAAAUGAGACCGGAGGGAACGGACAGACAGAGAGCGAACAAGAGAGUGAGAGUAAGAGUGAGAGAGACGAUCGAAGAUUACAAUAAUGACAUUUAAUAUUCCAAUUCUCGUAAACAGCGGUAAUAUACAAAUACAAGUUACUCGUGUCGUAAUCCAACUACUAAUUGUACAACGAAUCGUUUCAUCGAUCGGUCGACGAAUAAUUAAGAGCGCACCUCGUACAGUGUUUAAAACUAGACGUGUCAGUCACAGCCUAUCCAAAAUAUUCCUCGGCCUCGUCUUGCUGUCCGUAUCUCUGAUGAGGGGAUAAGAUCUCUCCUAAAAAACGGGGAAACUUGAAUAGUCUCGUUCGAAGAAGCCAGGUAUCUCGUUGAAUCAAGUUAUACUCUGGUACAUGGUUGUACAUAAAGUAUGUGCAACCUCUCGUAUACUGCCACGCGUUUCCUCCCACCCUCUCUCUCACUCACGCACGCACGCAACACAC